AAGCUGACACUUCAGUCCCUGGCAGGGAGAGGGAGGCUGGGAAGCAUUCGUCUCCUCGGUGCAUAGAACUGCUGCUUGCCCACCCACAGGAUGAUGUCUCAGUGGCUCUGGCUCCUUGGGAGAGUCCUGCUCUUGGGCAGGGUGGCUGCCUCGGUGAACUUCUUCCACCACCGCUAUGAGGAGCUGGUGCAAGCCCUGUUCGACGUGAGGGGCGCAUGCCCAUAUAUUACCAGGCUGUACAGCAUUGGACGCAGCGUCCAGGGCCGCCAUCUCUAUGUGCUGGAAUUCAGCGACUAUCCCGGCAUCCAUGAGCCUCUGGAGCCGGAGUUCAAGUAUGUGGCAAACAUGCACGGGAAUGAAGUGCUGGGCCGGGAACUCUUGCUCCAGCUUGCUGAAUUCCUGUGCGAGGAGUAUCGGCAUGGCAAUCAGCGCAUCACGCAGCUCAUCCACGAGACACGCAUUCACCUCUUGCCUUCCAUGAACCCUGAUGGAUACGAGGUGGCAGCUGCCCAGGACCAAAGUGCUCUUAGGUACCUCUCUGGGAGAAACAACGCCAAUGGAGUUGACCUCAACCGCAACUUUCCUGACCUCAAUGUCGUCAUGUACAACAAUGAGAAACUGGGUGGGCUCAAUCACCACAUACCCUUGCCAGAUAACUGGAGAAGUCAGGUGGAGCCAGAGACUCUGGCUGUGAUUCAAUGGAUGAAAAGCUACAAUUUUGUCCUCUCAGCCAAUCUCCAUGGUGGAGCUGUGGUUGCCAAUUACCCAUAUGACAAAUCCCAGGAGCAGAGAAGCCGGGCUAUUUGGCGUGCAGCCAGUUCUCCAACUCCUGAUGAUAGUCUGUUCAAGAAGCUGUCUAGGGGCUAUUCAUAUGCCCAUGGAUGGAUGCAUCAGGGGACAAACUGUGGGGAUUUCUUUCCUGAAGGCAUCACCAAUGGAGCUUCCUGGUAUUCACUGAGCAAGGGGAUGCAAGAUUUCAACUAUCUGCACACAAACUGCUUUGAAAUUACCCUUGAACUGAGCUGUAUCAAGUUUCCACCACAGGAGGAAUUGGAAUUUGAGUGGCUGGCAAACCGUGAAGCACUGAUCACCUAUUUGGAGGAGGUUCACCAGGGCAUCAAAGGUCUGAUAACUGAUGAGAACAACAACAAGCUUGCAGGUGUUGUCAUUUCAGUUGAAGGAAUUGGCCACGACAUCACUUCUGGUGAGUAUGGUGAUUAUUUCCGGUUGCUGUUGCCUGGCACUUAUACUGUUACAGCAUCAGCAGAUGGGUAUCAGCCACAGACAGAGACGGUAGUAGUGGGCCCUGCUGAGCCUUCUUUGGUGCAUUUCCAGCUCAAACAGAACACUGUGAGCAACACCCCUGUACAAAAGGCUUCGGAUAAAGGCCCCACCAGUAAAGCUCUGCAUAAGAAGAUUGUGCCACGGGCUGCCCAAGGGAAGACGGUGCGGUGAAGGCAGUCUUCUACUAGAAGGGAGUUGAUGGAGUCCUGUCUGAGAUGCCAGUAAUGUUGACAGAUGAACUUUCUAAGAGGCACUCACAGCCUCUCCCUGACCUCUACAAACAUGAAAUGAGCUUAGUCUUUGUUUAUUAAAUGUCUAAUAUUUAACCCA